UCUCACUAGCAUAACAUUACUUAAACUAAAUUCACAUCCAUCAUGAAAUUCUUACUACUCCUAGCUCCAAUUUUCAUCGCCGCCGCCGUCUCCUCCCCGGCCGACUUCAUCCGCACAAACUGCGACACGACGCUCUACCCAGACCUCUGCUACCACUCCCUAGCCGUGUAUGCCAAUGCGGUACAAAGCGACCCGGCCCGGCUGGCCCGGGUAGCCGUGGGCGUGAGCCUCUCACGCGCCAAGCGCACGACCCUCUACGUGGCCAACCUGACCCGGCAGGCCGACUACUCGCCAGACCACCGGGCCGCCGCCGCCCUGCACGACUGCUCCUCCGUCCUGGGCGACGCGGUCGACCAGAUACGGGGAUCCCUCAAGCAGAUGCGCCGCCUGACCGGCCGCACCGCCGGGGACCUGAGGUUCCAGCUCAGCAACGUGCAGACGUGGAUGAGCGCCGCCUUGACCAACGAGGACACGUGUGUAGACGGCCUCGAUGACGUGGACGAUGGCCCCGUCAAAGCUGACGUGUCGGCACGGAUCCUCAAGGCCAAGGAGGUCACUAGCAAUGCGCUAGCGCUGGUUAAUAUGUUCGUUACUAAGAAGAUGAAGGCUGCGGUCCACGAACACGCCACGGCGGCGAAUCCGCGGAACUUGCAAUUUAGGGAUGUGAGCCCGAGCUCGAGUGUUGAUGAAGCACCCCACAUGGAUUUUCCCGAUAUCGAGAUGGGGGUCGAGCAAAAUGAGGAGGAAGGUGAGGAACAACCGACCCACCAAGGGGGAGAUGAAGCCGGGACAAGCACUCAGAGGACACGAAGCCGACAAGAGCGAGAAGAGGAGGACUACGGCUCGAUCAAUGAGAGGUUGACACGGAUGGAGCUGCGUCAGCAGGAAUAUUGGGUCCAGAAUGAAGCGCGAUGGAACCAGUUCAACACCAACUGGACCCAAUUCACUGAUUUCAACAACGCACAAUGGGCCAACAUCAAUGCCCGAUUCGAUGAAUUCCGUGGCCAGUUGCAGCAUCCGCCUCCUCCUCCGCAGUGAAGGUCCAUGGGAGAUCCACUCUCUUUCAAACUUAUCCUAGCUUUGCUUGGAAUAAGUUUGGGGGGUGUCUAGUGGAUUCCCUCUUUUACAUCUCUCUCUCUUUAUUUGAUGAUACCCCGGCCUGUACCCAUAUUCUUUUG